UCGAGGCUGUAUUCUCAACGAUGGCGACAGCUGAGACGCCAAAUAUUGGUCAAUAUUAACAUUUAACACUCCUGUUUUCAAGAGCUCAGCUUCCUAUAAAGGCAAAGAUAACAGCCAUUUUGCCUUGGGGAAUGCAUCAUUUCAGGAUUCUAAACAGUGUCAUAACAUAAAAUGGAUGAUUCAGAGUCUCAUAAGCAAAUGGAAUUAAACUCACCCCAUCAAGAUCCACUUCAGGCAGCUAAUACUAAUCUACUAAGCAGUCAAGACUUGUCAUGUAGUGACCACAGCACAUUUAAACCCUCCUUACCAGUUACAGACAGCACUAGUACUGCAACAGACCUGUCUCUGCCUGCAUCUGACCCUAUACCCAAUAUUGAACAUAAUAUACUUCCAGUACAAGAUGCACCAGUGUCAUCAGAGGAGCCAGUUAUAGAAUCAAAACCACCAGAACCUGAGCAACCAAAAGAGGAACCUUUACCUGAAAAUAUGGCAAAGUGCGAAUUUUGCAGUCACAUUGGGAUAAGAGAAUCAUUCUUCUCAAAGUCAAAACGCUUCUGUAAAAUGGAGUGUGCGAAACGAUACUCUGCGUCCAAUAUCAAGAAAAAAGCUAAGGAUAAACUUGGAACAACCAAGAAAAAACACAAACCAAGUGGUGCAACUACUGCAACAAGAAGUACAACAGCAAGUGUUGCUGCUGCUGUUGUUGGUAAAAUAGCACCAACAGAUGAACUUACAGUUGACACUUCACCACAGCAAAUCACUCCACACAAGCAUAUCCAAGGUCUUGGAACACCUAGUGGACAAGCAAGAGAAGUUGGUGAGAGCUGGCAAAACAAGACAUUUGAUUGGUCAGACUACCUCAAAAAGACUGCAGCGAAACCAGUUCCAGCAUUCAUGUUCAAACAUGUUUGUAUGAAUCCGUGUUUAAAGGGUGUUCAUGUUGGUAUGAAAGUAGAAGUUGUGAAUUGUGGUAUGGAUGUCAUGGAUGACAGUGAAGUGGCUUUCUGGGUUGCUACUGUCAUGCAGCUCAGACAGCAUCGAGUACUACUGCGAUACGAGGGAUACGAAGAAGACGAAACGGCAGAUUUCUGGUUUGACUUGAGAUCGCCUAAUAUCCACCCUGUGGGUUGGUGUGCCAAGAGAAAUAAAUUGCUAAUACCCCCACCAGCAAUUCGCGACCGAUGCAGUAACUGGAGAGAUUAUCUAUUUAAGUGUUUGUCUGGCGCCAAAACGUUUUCAGCAGAGUUCUUACAACAGCUACAAGACCAACCGUUUAACCGAUUUCAAAAGGGGAUGAAGGUAGAAGUGGCUGACAGAAAGAACAUGUAUUCAAUGUGUGUAGCUACUAUCGUCGAUGUUAUCGGUGACAGAUUAAGACUAAGAUAUGAUGGAUUAGAACCAGAUGUUGCAGAAGACUUCUGGUGCCAUUAUCAAUCAUCUGAGAUCCACCCUAUAGGCUGGUCAUCGCUUGUAGGACAUACCUUACAACCUCCAAUUGGAUGGAAACACAGUUUAAGCAAGUGGAAUGAAUUCCUCGCGGAAGAUUUAGCAAACUCCGUUGAUGCUCCUCAAGAAUUUUUCGUCCAGGAUUCCACGGGCACGGCACCAGGCCCUCACGAAUUCAAAGUGGGCAUGAAAUUUGAAGCAAUCGAUCCAUUCAACCCUAGCCACAUCGUAGUUGUAACUGUUAUUAAAGCGUUACGGUUCAACUACUUCGUCCUCGGCGUUGAUUCACUUGCAACAUACUUUGUAUGUCACGCAAAUAGUCGAAACAUCUUUCCUUGUGGUUGGGCCAAGUCCCAGUCGCUUCCGCUGACUCCACCUAGAGUUUGGCGUUCACCAUUUGUUUCAGACUACACACCAGAGACUUUUAGCUGGCCAGAGUAUCUGGAAAAGACUGGCGGUAUCGAAGCACCGGUACAUCUAUUUAAACAGGAAAGACGGAUUAAUGGAUUCCGAAUAGGCAUGAAACUAGAAGCAGUAGACCUUCGUGAGCCCGCACUAGUGUGUCCAGCUACAGUGACUGACGUCAAAGGCCCAUUGCUAAGGAUACACUUCGAUGGCUGGGAUGAUUCGUACGAUCAGCUUGUAGAUAUGGAUUCGCUGGAUAUCUUCCCUGUUAGUUAUUGUCUGUCUGUCGGACAUCCACUCCAACCCCCAGGACCAAUGCCUGACAAGUACGUUGAGCGGUACGGACUUGAAUUAGAAGGCAUAAAGCAAGCACCUAAGAGAAAAUCUCCAACUAUGGAAGAUAAAGGAGCUAAAAAGAAAGCCAAAUGUGUCUAUCCUCAAGAAACUGUGUAUUUCAACCGAAAGUGUUUUCCUGGUCCGUACUUGAACCGUGAACUGGUUAAAAAUCUACCUGACUGUGCUCGAGGCUCAAUAGUGGGUCCAGAAAAGCACAAUGUCAUGAGAAUAUGUAUGCAGAAUUUAGUGUCGUCCGCUGUUAACCCAAAACAGGUUCUCGAAUUAUUCUCUCGUGAAUUUUACCAAAAUAAAAAGAAUAAAGACCUUCAGCUCGGUGGUACCGUGUGUAUUGAGAUGAAGAGUAAGAAUGGCAAGCGUAUCAUGAGACGAGUCCGUGUCGCCAACAAGGCAGAGCAUCUUUUCACAUAUUUAAACCGUGUCUGUCAAGUACUUCACUGUUGUCCAGAGAUCGUCAGCGCUACGCGAUAUCCCAUGGGUUACUGCAGUCAACUUUGCAUGAGCAGAUCUAAAGAAAAUGGGGUGUCGUCAACAAGCGAUGGUCGACGCGAAGUGGAAAUCAACACUCCCCCAAAACCUCAAGUCGAAGAGACCGAUGUCCCACCCGCAGAUGAACAGACGGUUGGUGAAGAGGGAGAGUUACUGCCGCUUCCAAUAAAGGGAGAAGGAAAAGACUCACCGCAUGAGGCAAUGGUAACAUCUACAAGUAAUAUACCAGGAGUUCAGGAACAGGAAUCAGACGCUGCCUCGGUAUUACUCUAUCAAAGCUGUAACAAUGGAAAGGAUCCCCGUACCUGGAAUAUGCAGGACGUCGCCAACUUUAUGUUGUCUAUAGGUUGUUCAAACUAUGCAGAGGCCUUCAUCAAAGAGGAAAUUGAUGGCAAAGCGUUGCUUCUUCUUACGCAAGAAAUGUUGGAAUCAUUAACAGAAAACAAGCUGGGCCCAAUGACUAAGAUCCACAAUGCUGUUCGGGCUUUAAAGCAGUCGUGGGGGAUCUGACGUCACGACCAGCUUUAAUUGAUAUGAAUUAUUUCGUGAAUUUUGCAUGAUAUACUCUCCAAAAUAUUCCUACUAAAUUAUCACUACAAUAUGCCUCUGGAAACAGUUUAAGUUCAUUUUCGUAAUGUAGAAUGUAGUUAGAUUUCUAUUUCAGAUAUUUCUUUUAUUGCUCAUACGCCUAUUGGACACACCAGUACGUAUCCACUAGUGAAACUUCCCACUGCUUCACAUAUCCACUAGUAUACCUAAUUUGAAAACACAAUAAAAUGCUUUGUGAACACCUUUAAAGUGCGGACAUCUUCAAAUAAUAUCAAAUAAUAUGAAAUCAGAGCGGUCCUUAUAAAACAUCACACAGAUUAUAAAGAAAUCUGCCUUGAUGCUUGAUAACGUAUUCUUUGAAUACAGAAUGUAGACUAUAGCACGUUAAGCUACACUCUUUCCUGGCUACUUUACGUCAGUAUAACACACCCCUAGAUGGAAUGAAAUCUGGCCAGCAAUGCAUCAAUGUAUGAUUUGUUUGUAUCAAGCAAGACUGGAUGUCUUUGUAAGUCAAGAAAGGUCCAGUAUAAAGAACUAACAUCACGAUUCUGUACAGUAACUUUCAGAAAGGUUUUCAAACCACGUAGAAUAUGUAUUUAUGGUCAAAAAAUAUAUAAUGGUAUUGAAAAAAACCGUAUAUACCCGGGGACUUGAAAAAACCUGUAUAUACCCGGAACUAUAUAUAUAUAAAAUUACGUGACUUGAACAACUUCUUCGAGACCUGCUGGUAAUGGCUUAUCUUGUUCUGUUGGAAAGAAUUUAAAUCUAGGAUAUCAUUUUUGUAAAUAUCAUCCCACCACCCAUCCAUCCAUAGCACGCAAACAUUCAAAGAAUCUUUAUUUCCACCCACUAAAAUAUACAAGAAUGUACAGCUUGUUGUGGUUUUCACUUUACCUUGAGAUGUCUUUGUAAGACUAAUAGUGAAUAGGCGUUUCAUGGUCAAAUGGAAUAGACUCUGUAGCAACUCCUUUAUCAGUAGACCAUUGCACAACCCAUGACAAGACCUUUACUCUUCGCGGACUCACAAAGAGGGUUUGGCUUUUUAGCUGCCAUGGUUGUGGAAUGUCUAUUUUUGUACGAUGUAGAGUUAAGGCACCUGAACGAGGAUAAUAUUGAUAUUUAUAAGUAGAUUCUACAAAAACAAAUACUUCCUAUCAGCUUAUAAACAACAAAAAACUAAAUUAUAUACAGUAAGAUAUGAUUUCUGUCUAUGUCAUUCAGUUUUAUCUGGAAAGCACUCAAAAAAAGUAAAAGUACCAAUGUUAUUGUACCUUUGUAAUAUUUAUGAAUAUUAAGUAUAUGCUUUUGAAGGGUUAAGUGCCAUAACUCUAUAUCAUGUUUUUUGUAGCCUUAUAGCCAGUGAAAUAACAAGUAUAUAUAUUAAAAUACCUAAUAUAGGAGCUGAAAACAUGUAUAGAUGCCGCUGUAUCAACUCGCCGGCACUGUUUUAAGCACUGUAAGCUUUCUAUAUCCCAGACUAAAAUGUUUGCAAAGGUCGGACUUGUAUUUAUUGCUGUAAUUAAAGUUCAAUACUCUGUAUGUAUAACAAAAUAAAAGGUCGAAAAUCGUCAUCCUUACAAUUUAUGUGGGUUAAUUAUAAAACGGAUUUUGUUCUU